UGAAGAUACGCUGUUCAGUAAUCUUCUAAGAAAAUUAUAUUCUACAAUGGAUUGGAGGAAUUACCGAUAUGCAGAAAUGACAACAAUCGAUUGGGAUAUAAGUAAAUAUAAUUUCAUUGAAACGUUAUUCACUUCCAAACUAUUGACGAUCAUCAUCAUUCAGUACAUUCAGAUUUUAUUUAUAUUAACAUUUCAUUUUCAACCAAUGAUUUAAAUUGAUUCGUCAAUGUAUAAUUCGCAAUGACUGAAAUUGUUUUAUAUACGAGAGAGGAAGUAUCAAAAAAUAACGGAAAGGCAAACAAAGAUAUUUGGGUGAUUAUUGAUAAAAGUAUUUAUGAUGUGACGAAUUAUAUGAGUGAACAUCCUGGAGGACCUGAACUGAUAGAAGAAUAUGCUGGCAAAGAUGCCACCAGUGCGUUUUUUGACGUGGGUCAUUCUACUGAAGCAAAAAAACAGUUGAAGAAAAUGAAAAUUGGGGAAGUACACCCUGAUGAAAGAAAUGGUGGUAAUAAAUCUACUCCAAAAGUCAAUGAGGAUUCCGAAUCUACGUCUGCACACAGGAGGAAUUUCCUUGAUAUUCUAUCAUGUGGAAUAUGUGGGAGGAAAAGCCAAUAGUUCUGCUUAAUCAAAAAUAUCAUGAUGCUUGGAAGUCGGAAUGUGGUCUUUCUGUAUAGAAGACGAGAAUAAUAAAAGCUGAACUGAAAUUUCUAAUCUGUCGGAUUAGAUUCUGAU